AUGGUCCCUAAAUAUACAAGGGAAGCACAAGAAUUCUUAACAUCUGAGAAAUUUGAACUACCAGAAUGUAACAACCCCAGCAAGCCAAACAGCAGUGAAGAAAGGAUGGGCACAUUGAUAAUGAAAAUCAAAGAAAAGUUUGAACUGAUGAAUGAUGGGGAGAUAAGCCCAUCAGCUUAUGACACAGCAUGGAUUGCCAGGAUACCAUCAUUAGAUAACCCAAAGAAGCCCCAGUAUCCAAUGACUCUGAAGUGGAUUAUUGAGAACCAGAACAAAGAUGGCUCAUGGGGAGAACCCAGUUUUUUCUUGCUCUAUGACAGGCUUGUGUGCACUCUUGCAUGUGUUCUUGCACUCAAGAAAUGGGAAGCAGGAGAAGAGCAGGUUGCCAAAGGACUUCACUUCUUAAGGCUUUGUGUUUUAGAUCUUGACAAGGAAACAGCUAAUCUCAUGACAGCUGGUUUUGAAAUCAUCUUCCCUUCAAUGCUCAAUGAAGCUAAGAACAUCAGACUUGCACUUCCUUAUGACCUCCUUUGUCUUGAGAAGAUUCACAUUAUGAGGGAGAAGAAAAUUAAAAGGAUCCCUUUGGACGUGUUGCAUUCAGUUCAUACUACAUUGCUACACUCCCUGGAAGCACUGCAAGACGUGGUCCAAUGGGAUAAGAUUAUGAAGCUGCAGUGUGGAAAUGGGAGUUUCCUUAAUUCACCCUCAGCCACUGCUGCAGCUUACAUGAUGACUGGUGACACCAAGUGUUUAGAGUUCCUGACAUUUAUUGUCAACCAUUUUGGUGAUCACGCUCCUUGCGUAUAUCCUAUUGACAUUUUUGAUCGCAUUUGGAUGGUUGAUACAAUUCAGAGACUGGGCAUUGAUCGCCAUUUCAGUGAAGAAAUUUCUGAUGUUCUUGAUUAUGUGUACAGGAACAAUGGCAAACGAGGCGUGCCCUGGGGAAGAGACAUUACACUCCCUGAUAUCGAUGACACAUGCAUGGCCCUUCGGUUAAUGAGAAUGCAUGGUUAUCCCAUUUCUCCAGAUGUCCUGGAGCUCUUCAAAGAUGACAAUGGAAAUUUCAUAUGCUUCCCUGGAGAGACACAUCAAGGGGUUUCAGAUAUGUUUAACUUGUGUAGAUUGUCUCAGAUUUCAUUCCCUGGAGAGAGAAUUUUAAGAGAGGCCAAGGCCUUUGCAGAGGACUAUCUCAAAUCUUGUGCACAACACAACCUAGUGGAAGAUAAGUGGUCUUUAAGGAAAUCCUUAAAGGAAGAGAUUAACCAUGUUAUGCAAAAUCCGUGGAUAAAGAGCCUUCAGAGACUUGAUGUAAGAGAGUACAUUAAGCACUAUGGUGAGAAUGAUGUAUGGUUGGGCAAGUCUGUAUACCGAAUUUCCAAUGUCAAUAAUCCCAUUUAUAUGGAACUUGCCAAGUUAGACUACAACAUGCUGCAGAGAAUGUACCACAAAGAGAUGAAUUUUAUUCUUCGAUGGCGGGAAAAUUGUGACUUUGAUGAAUCUUUAGUGUCGUCUGUAUUUCCUAAGAAGGUGUAUUAUGCUAUCGCCGCAGCAGUUUACGAGCCAGAAUAUGCCGCGUGUAGAUCAGCCUAUGCAAAGAUCAACUGUAUUGAGAACAUCCUGAGAGAUCUUUUUGAGAGACAUGAAUACCUUCACGAAUUGAGACUAUUUUGUCAAGCAGUUGAACAAUGGAAUCAAUCGCUUGCGUGUAGUCUCCCAUUUAAACUGAAGGGAUUAUUCAUGGCAAUGCAUGACACGUUGAAUGACCUGGCAAUCCAGGCUAGCAAUGCACAAGGAAGGGACAUUUUUCCAUACUUACAUGACAUGAGAGUGAAGCAGGCUGAGGCAUACAUGAGGAACAGGGAAUUGAGAGAGGACGAUAAGCUGAUGCAGUCAAUGAGCUUCGAGGAAUACAUGGAACACAAGAAAGAAGUGAGUGGUGUGGGCAUGAGAGUUGUUCCUGCCAUGUUUCUCAUGGGGAAGCAACUUCAGGAUCAUACUCUUCAAUGCCUGGACAGCCGCUCCAAGUUCCAUGACAAGAUGGCCCUGUUCUUAAGCCUGUUGGAUGAUGUCACAAAACACAAGAAUAAAAAGAAUGAUGAUGAAGAGAUGAUGACAAGGAGAAGAGUAGGACUUGCAGUAGAGUACUACAUGAAGGGAAAGAAAUGCAAUGAAGCAGAGGCAGUGGGCAAUAUAGAAGAGAUGAUGAAGGAGAUGGUUGAGGAGUUGGUACACGAGUAUCUGAAGCCAAGUAAAGUGCCUCGCCGUUUUCGCAGGCUCAUGUUCGAGCACGCCAAGAUCACUAACUUCAAUGGAUUUAUCACUGAGACUUGUUCUGCAGCAGCAACAACUGCAAAUCAGAUGCUUACCACGGCAAUGGAGACUCCAGUUUGAACACAAGCGCACACAAAUGACAAUGAGUGUGCAAUUAUUCAAAUAAAUUAAUAAUACUUUUUA